UUUAGAUAAAUUUAUCUCAAAUGAGUUCAAAUCAAUAGAGCACGAAAAACUUGAGAAGCUCGUGAAAGAUCUAGAUGAUGCCGUGACAGAUAAAACCAGACAUGAGAAGGUAUUGUUUGAACGUCUUAAAAAUGCAUUGAAACAGAUAGAAAACCCUUCGGAAAAUGUCAAAUAUGAUUAUAUGGUUGGAUUUUCUUUACUUAAAAGCUUUAGUAUCAGCAUGAGAGAUCAAAUAAUCAACCAAACUUUAAUCAGAGCAAUGAAACUGCGCGCCAAUUUGACACUAAACAAAAUUAUGCGCCCAGCGGAUCACUCACAUAAGUUAAAAGAAAUAGUUGAAUUGUCAGUGGCCAUUUGCCACAGCGUUAAAUUUAGAAGUAAAGUUAGCCAAGCAUCCUUUGCAGAAGUUGGGAGAAUAACAUACAAAAUGUUGUACAUUGUUCAGUUUGAAACAAAUAACAUAAAGUUUAUCGAGAAGUUGAGGGAAACACUGAAUGGAUACUACUCUUUGAACCUAAAGCAUAGACAAAAAAGAACAGAACAUUCGCAAGGAAAAACUUUAACCAAUCAACUGACUCAGAAGUUGGUGGAAUUAAAAAAUGUUUUAAAUACCAAUACGCCGAGCAAUAGUGUUGCAACUAAUCUACCCAUUUACAAAAAACACAAAAAAUUGCAAAUGAUAGUAGAAAUGUUAAUACUAGAUAUCAUGUCUAUAUUAAAUUGUUCUAAACCUUACUUGGAAAAUAAUCUUCUCUUCUUAGACGGAAACGCUCCAUUGUUAAUAGGUAAAAAUCUCCGCAAUCAUUUAGCCCACGACAACGCCUUGGUUGAAGUAUUGCUAACCGAUCCUUCAAUAGCAAUUUUUCUGAAUGCAAAAAAACUUUCUGAAGAAUAUGUUAUCGAAAAAAAGAGAAAAAUUGGAAAAAUGCUGAAUUAUGGUAUCGAAAGGUUGAAAGAAAAAUACGAAAAAGAUCUAGCCAUCAUUACAUACCAAGAAAAAAUGUUCGCCGGUUUGGCAGAAGGGAACUUAGAAAUAGUCACAAGUUGUUUGAAACAAGGAGCAGACUACCAUGCUAAAAAUAUCAACUCAUUCACCACACUACACUUUGCUGCCCAAGGGCCUAGUUUAGAAGCUGUGAAGUGUAUACUAGAUCAAAAUGUAUGCGUAACCGCAAAAGAUAUUGAAGGUAGAACUCCUCUACAUGUUGCUGCAGAAUGUGGGCGUAAAGAUACAGUAGAGUAUUUUAUAAAAAAAAUUGGUUUACCCGUGAACUUACAGAGCGAUGGAGGGAAAACGCCAUUACAUUUUGCCGCUCAAAAUGGUCACCGAGAAACGGUAGAAGUUUUGCUAACAAAUAAAGCUGAUUGUGCUAUUCGUGAUACAAGUGGUCUAACUCCUUUAUAUCACGCAAUUGUAAACAACCAUACGGAAAUAGCAAAAGCUCUUAUGAAAGAAGAAAAAAAUAAUAAUCUUAAUGAAGUGCUUGGAGGUUUCACUCCCCUGCAUAGUACAGCCGAGAAUGGCAAUCUGGAGUUGACUAACUAUUUGCUAGAUAAUAAUGUAGAUGUUAAUGCUAGAAGUGAUAGGGGUUGGACAGCAUUACACGCAGCAUCAUAUUACGGACAUCUCGGGGUAGUAAUUGCAUUGAUUCGAAAGAAAGCUGACAUCAACGCAAGAGUCAUUACUGGCUGUACAGCGUUGUUUUACGCAGUAGAGGCUGGUCAUGAAGAGAUAGUGAUCACGCUUUUGAAGUAUGGAGCAGAUGUGAAGGCAGCAGAAAAAAGCUAUCAUAAAACACCUUUACACGUAGCGGUUACGGCUGGAUACAUUAACAUCUUAAAGGUCUUACUGAAGUAUCAUUCAGACGUUAAUGCAACAACUGUGACCGGUGCUACUCCACUACAUCUUGCAGCACGUCGUGGCGACUCUGAAAUUGUAACUUUACUACUUAGCCAUUCAGCAAAAGUCCACGCUAGGGAUAGAUCCCAAGCUACACCGCUGCAUUACAGCUCUUCCAAAAACGUUGCAGAGUUGCUAAUACAAAGAAGCGCGCAAGUUGAUGCAAGGGACAUCAAAAACUUCACACCACUUCAUCAAGCUGCAAAGAACGAUUAUCGAGAUGUUGCUGAAUAUUUAAUACAGAAAUCGGCUAACACCAGAGCAAAGAGCGUCAAAGGUGUCACACCGUUGCAUGCAGCAGCUGAAAGCGGUAGUAUUGAUAUCAUCACUCUUUUACUUUCAAAAGAAGCAGACGUCAAUGCUAAAACCAAUGAUGGAUUCACGCCACUGCAUGCAGCUACUUUUAAUGGACAUGUAGAAGCUAUAACCCUUUUAAUAAAAUAUAAAGCUUCGGUCAAUGCAACAAAUAACCAAGGCCUCACACCUUUGCACGGAGCCAUCGUGAAAGGUCAUAAAGACAUUGUUUCUCUAUUGUUGAGCAAUGGUGCUGAGGUCAAUACAGGAAUUGAGAACGAAACGCCACUGCACCUGGCUGUGGAAGGCGGCCUGAAGGAAAUUGUAGAGAUUCUGUUGGCGAACGGGGCCAACGUGAAUGUUGGUAGUUUGACUCCACUGCAAUCUGCUAUUAAAUGCAAUCACAAGGAAAUUAUCAAACUGCUCAUUGAUGGCAAUUCUAACCUAAAUAUAAACAACAGUUUACCGUUGCAGUUUGCUAUCUUUAGUGGUAAUGCGGAUAUUGUAAAGCUUCUACUAAAACGAAACAUGCGCAUUCCCACGAAAAAUCCAGAAGGAUCUUUGUUACACAUGGCUGCUGUUAUGGGUCACAGUGACAUAGUAAGUAUGCUUGUAGAGGAAGGGUUUGAGAUUGAAGCCACAGAUAUGAAAGGCACAACGCCAUUGUACGCGGCUGCCGAACAUGGACAUCGAGAAGUGGUUGAAAUUUUGAUAGCUGCUGGAGCUAAUGUUAAUGUCAUGGACAGAGACGGUUAUCCAUUGCAACUGGCUGCAGGAAACGGUUAUGUAGAAAUUGUUAAGAUGCUAUUAGACGGUGGAGCUAACAUAUACUCUAAAGACAAAAUGGGAAGGACAUCCUUGGAAUUAGCAGUUUCGAAAGGCCAUAUGUCGGUAGUGAAAAUGUUACUAACGUACAAGCCACUAGAUUUGAACGCUAAAGGUAACGAUGGUUGGUCAUUACUGCAUAUUGCUUCCCAAGAGAAAAAUUUGGAAAUGGUAAAAUUUUUAGUUAGUAAAGGAUCCAAUAUUAAAGCUAAGAAUAUAUCCGGAUCAAAAGCCAUACAUAUUGCAGCUAGAGAAGGCUUUAAAGAAACCGUGAUUUUUUUCCUGAACCAGGGGAUGAGCAUCGAUGAACCUGGUUCAAGCAACCAGACACCUCUACACUAUGCCGCAAUGAAAGGUCACUUAAACGUCGUAAAAUGCUUGAUAUCAAAUAAUGCUAAUGUUAAUGCCACUGACACAACGGGCGUAACGGCCUUGCACAUUGCUGCGAUAUUUGGGUUUGAAAACGUAGUGAAAACUCUGUUGGAAAACGGAGCUAUCUACAAUCCUUCGGAUCGGCAUUUCAGAAGACCGAUAGGUAUGGCUAGUAACAAACAGGUUAUCAAGAUACUGACAUCAACGGACGAUUUAUUUGAAUACGUAAAACGUAACAAUCCCAUUAAAGCUACAAGUUGUAUUCAGGGAGGAGCUAUCGUUAAUGCAAAAAACUCCGAGAGCGACACUCCCUUGCAUCAUGCUGUUCAUGUAGGAUGUGAUAAAAUUGUCAAUAUUCUAUUAGAAAAUAAUGCUAAUCCAAACAUAACCAACAACCAAGGGAUCAGUCCUCUGAUGUAUGCUAGUAAAUUAUCACACUUAAAUAUUGUCAAGAUCUUGUUGGCAUCGGGUGCAAUCUACAAUGCAGUAUCAUACGGUGGUAAAACUUGUUUGGGUUAUGCUACAAAGAAAAAUAUAAUUGAUCUACUUAAAUUAGUGGAUGGUUCAUUUAAGAAAGUUAGAAAUGGGGAUGAAUCCCUUAUUAAAGACCUGGAACAAAUUAGAGACCUCGAUAUAUUUAAAGCUAUAAUGAACGCACGUGAUUUAGAAAACAACACACUAGUAAUCCUUGCAACAAUACGUAACUUUUCAAAAAUAGAACAAAUGAAACAAAUAACCCAAUGUAAUGUAUCGUCUGAGACUGACAGAGCGUUAACUUUUGUGAACUUAGGUGAGUUCCAGAAGGCAUUACAAAUUUAUUAUAAGGCGUAUGAGAAAAUAAAAAAUCUUCUCGGUCCAGAUAACCCUGGAGCACUGAACUUACAAACGCAUAUAGGUAAUGCACUUUAUGCACAAGGUUCGUACAAGGAAGCGAUGAACACCUUUGAAAACAUUUUCGAAAGACAGCACAAAACACUAGGGAUGAACAACAAAGAUACCUUGAGUACAAGAAGUAUGAUUGCCUUCUUGUUGCAUAUCGACGGUAAAAAUGAAGAAUCUCUAAGCUUGUAUCGAGAAAUUCUUGAAAUACAAAAAGAACUGCUAGGGCUAAAUCAUUCGGAUACUGUAGAUACUCAAAUGCAUAUGGCACUCGCACUGGACGCCCUGAGAAAGUAUGAUGAAGCGUUAAUCAUAAAUAAAGAAGUAUUUGAGAAAUAUAAAGAAACAUUGGGUACAAAUCACCCAAGCACAGUUCGAGCUCAAAAUAAUAUAGCACUUGCCCUUGCCAAUCAGGGAAAAUAUGAAGAGGCGCUGGAAUUGUACAAGUUAGUUUUAGAGAAGAAAAAGCAGGUGUUCGGAAUGAAUCAUUGUGAUACCUUGCGAACGAUGCGUAAUAUUGCCGGAGUACUUCACAAUCAAAACAAACACUACGAGGCUCUAAAAGCUCACGAAGAAGUUUUACGUUUGCAAACAACGGCGUUCGGUCCCAAUCAUCCUGAAACCUUAUUGACGCAAAACAAUUUGGCCAAUGUACUUUUCGCUCAGCACAAAUGGACAAGCGCGCUUAAAGUCUUUAGCGAAUGCCUUCCCAAAAUGAAAGCAACUUUCGGGCCUCUACACAGCAAUGUUCAGGAUGUUACAUCGAAAAUAGAAACAUUGAAUAUGUUGCGUGAAAUUGAAGGAAGAAAUCCAACGGAGUUACUCCCCCAUGAUGAUAUUAGUGCAGCAACCCGCAAUGGUGAUAUGGAAACAAUACAACAGUUGUUGAAAGAUGGAAACGAUAUCAACGAGAAAGAUAUUAAUGGAAGAACUCCAUUACAUUAUGCGGUUAGCCGAGGGCUACCAGAUUUGGUAAAAUUUCUUAUAGAUAAUGGAGCAAUUGUUAAUGAAACCACACACAAAGGAAAUACACCUCUACACACUGCAACAAUUAAAGGUAAUACGGCGAUUGUGGAUUUAUUACUACAAAAUGUAAAUCAAGACCAACUGAACGACUUCAUUAAUGCGAAAACGACUAGCAAGGGUACUACCUCGUUGCAUAUUGCAGCUGCAAAUGGGUUUUUAGGAGUCACAAAAACGUUACUGCGGAGAGGAGCCAUGUACAAUCCAAAAAACAACGAAAGCAAAACACCUCUUGAACUAACCAAAGACCAAUAUAUUAAAAAUAUUUUAGAGAUAAUAACUGGAUUAUUUGAAACUAUCAAAAGUGGCAAUGAUGAAAUGAUCGACAAACUCCGAACAUUGAAACGUGAUGAAUUAACAGCAAUAACGAAUGCACGAAAUAUGCAGAAACAUACAGUUUUGCAAGUUACAAUAGCUAAUGGUCACAGGAAUGUUGCUACUGAAAUAUUGAAAAUUAUAAAGAGUGUUCAGUAGGUUGCUUCAAUAUUAUCUUCACUAUUAUUUCAUUAUUAGUAUAUAAGGUGCCUAAAAAGGAACAAGUAAACCCUAUUAAUGAUAAACACAACGUUUUCAAAUUUUGUUGGUUUAAAUUGUAAAUUUUAUUGU